CGCCCGGAGCAAAGGCAGUUUUCUUAUUCUACUAUUCCAGUACAGUCCAGGUUGCUACCACAGGAGCCCUUUUUAUGUGCCACAGCAGCUUCCUCUGAUAAGCCAUGGCACUAAGACUCACCAGCCCAUUUCCAACAAACUUGCCAACAGUCACCACACCAGACAAUAGGGUGGCAUAGUCAGGGUUCAUUUCAGCAUUUGCAAGAGAAAGGCAAGUUAGUCAGUAGCGUCCCUUUUCCUUGGCGAGAAGAGCCAGCAUUCACCCAUCCUGAGCACUGGGUAGGAGGUAAACACUUUGUUGCUUUUUUUGGUUGUGUAGUACAAAACAACUAUUAAAAAUGUUUUAAGAUGUAUAUGGGAUGGCCUAGUACCCAGCAGGUUUCACUGAGGCAGGGUGCCAGGGCAUAUUAUGUAAAGUGUUGAACUUUACAUGUUAAAUUGGAUAUGGAACAGUCAGUUUCCACUCCUCCUUUCUGGCAACAGGCCCAGCCUCGUGCACUUCCAUAUAAACUGGGCCCCUCAUAGCAGAAUAGCUGCCCAAGGUAUCAGCAAGACUCAGAAACUGCAGCAGUCCUGUUGACGAUGGCAGUUCUCUUCUCAGGAAUCAAGGGUAUGCUCUUCUUCUUGUCCCUCCCAUGCUUUUGUUCUUGUCAGCCUGCACCUCCACUGCUGCGUUUCUCCAUCUUCCUGGAUCCUUCAAACAUGGUCUACCUCCGCUGGGACCAUGACGAACAGGAGCUGAUGACAUUUGAGCUGCAGGUCCAUACAACUGGCUGGGUGGCAUUUGGAUUCAGCCCUCACGGAGAGUUGCCUGGAUCUGACAUUGUGAUAGGAGGUGUCUCCCCAAAUGGCAGCAUCUACUUCUCCGAUUGUCACGUGGUAGAUGAGGCAACCCUUGAGGAAGAUGGGAGCCAGGACUACCAACUGCUGUCAGUGACAGAGAAUGAGACCUCCACCACCGUGCUAUUCAAACGCCACCUAAGGACAUGUGACCCCAAUGACCAGGAUAUCACAAUGGACACAGCACGCCUCAUAACUGCAUUUGGCACUGAUGACACAGUCCAAUUCUUUGAAGGCCAAAGAUUUUCCAAAUCCCUUUUCUUGAUGAGGUACAGAGGCCCAUCUGACUUAACUGACCCCAAAAUAUUCUUCACCUAUGACCUGAGGCUGGACAAUUUUGCUGUUCCAGUUGAAGAAACCACGUAUGCCUGUACCUUUAUCCCACUGCCCGUGGUCAAGCAGAAACACCAUAUCUACAAGUUCGAACCUGUAGUAACACCCCACAACAUAACCUUGGUUCAUCAUAUUCUUGUUUAUGCCUGCGGCAACGCCAGCGUGUUACCCGGUGGCAUAGAUGAUUGCUAUGGAGCCAAUCCAGAUUUUGCCCUGUGCUCUCAGGUGCUUGUGGGCUGGGCUGUUGGAGGGGAGUCUUAUCAAUUUCCAGAUGAAGCUGCCGUUUCCAUAGGGACACCUUGGGACCCUCAGUACGUCCGACUAGAAAUCCAUUACAGCAAUUUUGACUUGUUACCAGGCUUGAUCGACAGCUCAGGGGUACGAAUCUACUAUACUCCGGAGCUACGGAAGUAUGACGUGGGGGUUCUGCAAACAGGCAUCUUCACUUUCCCUGUGCAUUUCAUUCCUCCUGGGGCAGAAUCCUACAGAUCUUAUGGCCUUUGCAAUUCCAGCCGGUUUGAUGAAAUGAAUGGGAUGUUGGUUCCAGAUUUGCAUGUAUUUGCCUACUUGCUUCACACCCACCUGUCUGGCAGAGGAGUGAAAGCUGCUCAAUACCGGAAUGGUGAGCAGCUGAGGAUCAUCUGUGAGGACAAUCAGUACGACUUCAGACUGCAGGAGAUUCGGGACAUGAAAGAAAUCCUCAUAAUCAAACCAGGGGAUGAGAUCCUGGUCGAAUGCAAUUUUCAGACGCUGGAUCGAUCAGGGAUUACUUUUGGUGGGCCAAGCACCAUGGAUGAGAUGUGUCUGACAUUCCUCUUCUACUACCCUCGUAACAACAUCUCCAGUUGUAUGGGCUUCCCUGACAUACUGUACAUUGCGCAUGCACUCAAACAGGAGGCUUCAGAUGCAGUGGAAGGAAUGAUGGCCAUGGAGUUUGUUGACUGGGACAAUGAUACUGUCAAAAUUGCAGAGAAGGCAGCCAAGGAGGCAGAUCAAGUAGUCAUGAUUAAAACCAUUGACGAACUCCAGAGAAAUGAGAGUGGUUUAAUCAGAGACAUUAGUAUUCCAGAGCGGCCUGCCUGUCACAAUAUUUCUGGACACCUCUCACUGUCAGGUCUGAGGGCCACUGCAAACCUCCGUUUGACCGCAGUAUGCACUUCUGAGUCACCAACCACCAAAGAAACUGCUAUACGUCCUCUUCUUUCUCUCACACAGCUGGUGUUUUCUUGGUUGAUCUUGGCCUCCGAGUAUGGGAAGUGAGGGGCGGAAUACCAAAACAGAUCACUGGCCCGUUGAAGAAGCCUCUGUAAUUACCACCUGGUAGCGCAGUAUUCCAGAUCUGAUGGCCCUGAACAUGAGAGGAUACUUACAUAAUAGAAAAUUGUCUCCCUUUGGAAGAAAUAGGUUCAAUGGGCAUUGGCAUUUAAAUGGGCAUUGGCUUUUACUUUAUUUUCAUUAAAAAUACUUUCUAGUACAGUUUGUUCUAAAUCAGAAAAGCAAUGUACUAUAAUGCAGUAAAGACAGGAAUACACUCAUCUCUUCAGUAGCUGCUGCUUUAUUAUUAAAUCCAGAGCUUUCAUA